AUGUCGCAUUUACAAUCUAAUAAUUCGAUAGUGGAGGAAAUUGAUCCUGAAAAGAGGAAUUUUGAUAAUCAUCAUCAAGGUUCUCUAUCUGAUUUUGAAUAUGGUAAAGAAAAAGUACCAUUUGAAACUUCACAUGAUUUAUCAGUAGAUUCAAAUACUGAAGUUAUACAACAAUCAGGAUCCAAAAGUGAGAGAUUUUGGAGAACAGUUAAAGCCAAAUGUCCUUAUUAUAAAUUAGCAUUUCAUAUAUUUUUAGGAUGUUUUUUUACAUCAUGGUGGUUAUCGAUUGUUAUACAGGAUAACCAUAGACAUCAAUGGUUAAUACCAACAAUUCUCUGGGGUAUGAUUAUGGUUAGAUUAAUUACAUGGCAUUGCAGAAUAUUGAAUUGGACUUUGGCAAAAGUUAAAAUCGUAUGGGAUUAUUUUACUGAUAUAAUUUAUGCAAAAGUUUUACCACAAAGAUAUCAAAGAUUAAUUGCAGGUGGAACUAUAACAGUUGCUGUUAUAGUAUUAGGAGCUUUUAUUCCAUCCGAAACUGAAUUUUCUAAAAGACCAGAUAGAGCUAUUUCCUUUUUUGGAUUGGUAGUUGCUAUAUUUGGUUUGUUUGUCACUUCAAAAAAUCCUAAAAAAGUUCAAUGGAAUACAGUUAUUGGUGGUAUGUUGAUGCAAUAUAUAGUCGCAUUAUUUGUUUUACGUACUAAAUGUGGGUUUGAUGUUUUUAAUUUUAUAAGUACCUUAGCUAGAGAAUUAUUAGGAUUUGCAAAAGAUGGGGUUGCAUUUUUAACUAAUGAAGAAUGGGCUAACCAACCAUAUUUCUUCUUUACUGUUUUACCAGCAGUUGCAUUCUUUGUUGCUUUCGUUCAUAUCCUUUAUUAUUAUGGUGUUAUUCAAUGGUUCAUCAAAAAGUUUGCAUUUUUCUUUUUCUGGUCUUUACGUGUUUCAGGUGCUGAAGCUGUUACAGCUGCAGCUUCACCUUUUAUUGGUAUGGGUGAAAGUGCAAUUUUAAUUAAAGAUUUGAUACCAUAUUUAACAAAAGCUGAAUUACAUCAAGUUAUGACUUCUGGUUUUUCAACAAUCUCAGGUGCUGUUUUAGUAGGUUAUAUUGGUUUAGGUUUAAAUCCACAAGCUUUAGUUAGUUCUUGUGUCAUGUCAAUUCCUGCUUCAUUAGCUGUUUCUAAAUUAAGAUAUCCAGAAACUGAAAAUCCAAUCAGUAGUGGUAAAGUUAUGCUACCAAAACAAGCUGAAAAAGAAAUUGAAAAAGAUCAACCACAAAAUGUGUUACAAGCUUUCAGUAAUGGUGCUACUUUAGGUUUGAAAAUUGCUGGUACUAUGAUGAUUCAAUGUAUGUGUAUUAUUGCAGUUGUUGCAUUAGUAAAUGGUAUUUUAACUUGGUUUGGUAAUUAUUGGAACAUUAAUGAAUUGACAUUGGAAUUAAUGAUGUCUUAUUUAUUAUAUCCAAUUGGUUUCUUAUUAGGUACUCCAAGGAGUGAGAUUUUACUGGUUUCAAAGUUAAUUGCUUACAAGUUCAUUCAAAAUGAAUAUGUUGCUUAUAAUUUAUUGAUGACUGAAUCACCUUAUACAGAAAUGUCAAAAAGAGGAAUCUUAAUUGCAACUUUCUCAGUUUGUGGAUUUGCCAACCUUGGUAGUUUGGGUAUUACGAUCUCCGUUUUAAACACAUUGACAAACUACACAAGAUCUAAUGAUAUCAGUUCAUGUAUUAUCUCAGCAUUAUUUUGUGGUGCAAUUGCUACAUUAUUAUCAGCCUGUUUUGCAGGAAUGGUUAUGCAUGACCUUGGUAGUUUCAAUUUAUAG